AUGCCUAGCGGAUACGAGUACAAGAGCUCCGGCACCAACAGCCAGGGCAACCACUACUGCGCCCGCGACUACGGCAGCAGCGCUUCCAACCCCAACUCGUACCAUUACUCCAACACCGAUGGAUCCUACUACUACUCUAACCCCAACGGCAGCAGUUACUACAACAAUGGUGCUGGGGGCUCGACCUACACCUCCCCCAGUGGCGACCGGUCCUCUUCUGGCUACGGCUACGGCUCCGGCUCUGGCAACUCCGGCAGCUCCGGCAAGAAGUGA